CAGCUGCUUAAUAAAUUUGAAAUGCCUAAUAUUUUCAAAAGUGGGGAUAUCAUGAUUGGAGGAAUUUUUCCCAUUUUUAACAAACAAGAAAAUGUAAUUGCAUCAUUUGAAAGAAAAAUGCCAAGAGUUAAAUGUAAUGGAUUUGACUUACGUGCUUUCCGUUGGACUCAGGUCAUGAUGUUUGCAAUAGAUGAGAUAAACCGGGAUGAGUUUUUGCUUCCUAAUAUUUCUUUGGGAUAUAAAAUAAUGGACUCUUGUGCUUCUCCCACAAAUGUUUUACGUGCUGCCCUCACGCUGGUGAGUGAGCAGGAGGAAGAGAAAUCUACAACGCAGUGUCACCUUCCACUAACAGCUCUUGUAGCUGAAUCAGGAUCAUCACAAUCUUUAGCUGUUGCAGGAACACUUGGACCAUUCAGAGUGCCAAUGGUGAGUUACUUUUCAACAUGUGCAUGUUUAAGCGACAGAAGUAAAUAUCCAACAUUUUUUCGAACAAUACCAAGCGACUACUACCAAGCAAAGGCAUUGGCCUCUCUUGUACAGCAAUACAGAUGGACCUGGAUCGGAGCUUUACAGUCUGACAAUGAUUAUGGAAGAAAUGGAAUAUCAGCCUUCACAAAGGAAGUUGAAAAAAUGGGAGUUUGUAUUGCAUUUGUUGGCACAAUUUUACGAACAUAUCCCCAGAAUAAAAUCAAUGAGGUUGUUGAACUGAUAAAACAAUCUGCAGUAAAAGUGAUCCUGGCAUUUGUGCCAGAGGGAGAUCUCUAUCCUUUAAUGAAAGAAGUCGUGAAACAAAACAUCACAGGAAUUCAGUGGAUUGCAAGUGAGGCGUGGGUAACUGCAGCCAGGCCCUCUACCCCGGAAAUGUUCAAGUCUUUUGGAGGGACAGUUGGAUUUGUGGUACGAAAGAUGGCCAUGCCCAAACUAGGACCUUUUUUGAAAAACAUCAGUCCUUAUUCUACCUCACAAUCUAUGUUUGUCAGUGACUUUUGGGAAACAAUGGCCGGCUGUAAACCCUGUCUUAACUGUGCACCAUCUGCAAAUGUUACGCUUAACCAAAUAUGUAAAGGAGAAGAGAAACUUAAUUACACUGACAAGUUUUUCGAUGCAUCACAACUGAGAGUAGCAUAUAAUGUCUAUCAAGCCGUGUAUGCCAUUGCACAUGCCAUUCAUAAAGUGCUUUUUUGCAAUACAGAUCAAAAUGAUGUAACAAAACAGUGCCUAAACAUAUCACAAAUAACUCCUAAACAGGUCAGCGAUCGCUUGCAGACGGUGAAUUUUGUAGACGAAUAUGGAGAAAAAGUGUUCUUUGAUAAGAAUGGAGAUCCACCUGCAUCCUAUGAGCUCAUAAACUGGCAGCUAAGAGAUGGAGAGGUGCAUCAUGUAGCAGUGGGUCAUUUCAGCACCUCCACAGAUGGAACAUAUAAACUUACAGUAAAAGAUGAUCCCAUCCGUUGGAACACAGGAAAUUUGAUACCAAAGUCUGUGUGCUCGGAAACCUGCCCAAAUGGCACACGAAAAGCACAAAUCAAAGGACGGCCAGUGUGCUGCUUUGACUGCAUCCCGUGUGCUGAUGGUUCCAUAUCAAAUACAACAGGAGCAGCAGAUUGCAUUCUGUGCCCUGAAGAAUACUGGUCAAAUGAGAGACGAGACAAGUGUGUCAUAAAAGCCACUGAGUUUCUAUCGUAUACAGAAACAAUGGGGAUAAUUCUGACUGUUUUAUCACUAUUUGGAGCUAGUCUUACUUUGGCCACUAUUAUUGUAUUCAUACACUUUCGAGAAACACCACUAGUUAAAGCGAACAACUCAGAGCUGAGCUCACUAUUACUUGUUUCUCUGUUCUUUUGCUUCCUCUGUCCGCUUACGUUCAUUGGCGAGCCGACCAUCUGGUCAUGCAUGCUACGUCACACAGUAUUCGGGGUCACUUUUGCCCUUUGCAUUUCUUGUGUUUUGGGGAAAACCAUAGUAGUUGUCACUGCUUUCAGAGCCACAUUACCAGGAAAUAAUAUGGCUGGAAAGUUUGGGCCAGUACAACAAAGAAUCAUUGUUUUCUCUUGCACUGCAAUUCAAAUAGUCAUCUGUAUACUAUGGCUAAAAAUAAGCCCACCAUUUCCUGAUAGAGCUCUUAAGUAUAACAAUAAAAAGAUCAUUUUAGAAUGCAAUACAGGAUCAGACGCUGCAUUUUACGCAGUUUUAGGAUAUAUCAGCCUUCUCGCUGCUAUCUGUUUGGUUCUGGCGUUUCUAGCUAGGAAGCUACCGGAUAAUUUUAACGAAGCCAGAUUCAUCUCGUUCAGUAUGCUUGUAUUUUGUGCUGUCUGGGCAACAUUUAUACCUGCUUAUAUCAGUUCACCUGGGAAGUACACAGUUGCAGUGGAGAUUUUUGCAAUUUUGUCAUCUGCCUAUGGCCUACUGUUGAGUAUAUUUGUGCCAAAAUGUUACAUUAUUCUCAUAAAACCAGAGAGAAAUAGUAAAAAACACAUGAUGGGAAAACUUCAAAAGGCAAGUCUUUGA